AUGACUUGUCUUUCAACAACAAGUUACUCUCUUCUCAUUAAUGGUAGCCCUUCUGAUCUUAUCCAGCCUAAAAGAGGACUCAGACAAGGGGAUCCCCUCUCCCCCUCCUCUUUACCCUUUGCAUGGAGGGAUAUUACUUCAGUUAGUUUGCUCUUGGAAGGGUUUAACCUAUUUUCAAACACUACUGGCUUGCAAGCAAAUCCCUGCAAAUCCUCAGUAUACUGUUGUGGUAUUUCUAAUGCUGACAAAGAAGGAAUCAGUGUUGUUUCUGGCUUCAGCUUUGGAGAGCUACCUUUUAGGUACUUGGGUGUUCCAAUCAGUACCAGAAAACUUCAGGCUGGUGAGUGUGAUCUACUGGUGAACAAAAUGGUUGCUAGAAUUAAAAUUUGGAGCUCAAGACAUCUCUCUUUUGCUGGAAGAAUGCAGCUUGUUAACUCAGUUCUAAUGAGUGUCAGUGUGUACUGGUGCCAGAUUUUCAUCCUUCCUAAGAGUGUUAUUAGGAAAAUUAACUCUGGUGGGUUUGGGUUCAGAAACCUUGCUAUUUGGAACCAAGCAUCUGUUGGGAAACUGGCAUGGUCCAUUGCUCAGAAAGAAGAUAAUUUAUGGGUAAAAUGGGUGCAUGCAGUCUAUGUUAAACAGAAGAAUUGGUUGGUGUACAUGCCUUCUAUUGCUGCUAGUGGGGCAGUAAAAUUCACCAUUCCAAAACAUAGGGUCAUUCUUUGGCUGGCUCUGCAGGACAGGUUAAAAACUAAGGCCAGGUUGUUCCCUUAUGGGGUUACUGAUGAUGAUCUGUGUGCUCUAUGUGGCUUACAUACAGAGAAUAGCUCUCAUCUGUUUUUCUCCUGUCACUACAGCACUGAAUGUUGUAGGAAAGUUCUUCACUGGUUGGGGUUCAACACUCACAGAACAAGCUUGUUCAUGAUCCUCAAAUGGGCUCAUAGGCAUUGUGUUGGUGGUUUUAGAAAGAGAGUUUGUUAUGCUGCUGUUGCAGGGGUGGUUUAUCAGAUUUGGAAGGCAAGAAAUUCAGCAAUUUGGGAUGCUAAGGUUCCAUCUUUGGAUAGCAGUGUUAACUGUAUUCAGUCUGAUGUUAGACACAGAAUUAAGAGUAUCCUAGGUAGGAAAGUGAGUACUAGAGAUAAGGAUUGGUUAUAUUCCUUGUAA